AUGGCGCCCGAAAUUUUUACCAGAUUGUUCAAAACGAAGCGCAAGAAUGACCCGUACUCCAGACCCAAAUGUGGUUCACCAAAUGCAAUCGGAAUCUCUGAUUCCACCUGCGAAGUUAACGGCGACCCCUUUAAUGGAUGGAAACUACCAGUCCCACCACCAGAACAACGCGUUCUCAAACUCGGCACCCGACAAAGCAACCGUCAACAAGCAAGUCACUUCUUCCAGCUCCCAAUAGAAGUCAGGACACUGAUCUAUAUCGAGCUAAUGGGUAAUCGGCGCGUACAUAUCGAGCAUGCGUGGAUGUUGCCGUCGCCAUUUCGUCCUAGACCAAAGCGGGACAGGGAGCGCUGGGAAUGGUGGCAUGGUGUUUGCCAGAAGAGUGCAUCUUAUGUUGAUGACCGGUGUUGGAACCGUAGGAAUGAGACGUUAGCGAACAAGUCCGAGGGAUUGAAGAGUCCUCCGGCCGGGACGAAACUUGGGGGCGUAGAAUGGUUAAGGUGUUGUCAGAUCGGCUAUGAAGAGGCAUUAACAGUCCUAUACGGGACAAAUGUCUUUGUUCUACGGACCGGGUUAGACACUCCGUUUAUCAUGUCCAGGCUUUUAUCGCCUGCCUGCUCCUCUCUCAUCACGUCUAUGGAAGUCUCUUUUGAUAACUGGUACAAAUUAGACGAAACACCACAGGCCGCAGUUUGGGAAACGGCCUACCCGGCCUUCUUUGAUCUAUUUGAGCAUUGCUUCUGCAAAGUUCACAAGUUGCGCUUGACGAUGCAUAUGCCGGCCUGGGAGAAAGUGAGAGGGACCAUAAACGAUGACAAGAUAGACGCGAUUCUUUUGCCGUGGGAGAGACUUGCACAGAGUCGCAACUGGAUUGGUUUAAAGCUCUGUGUACCGUCUGAUUGGCUCCCUUGCUUAGCAGGCAGGGCGGAGAAGCAGACCAGGUGGAAGUUGGCGAUGACUGACUGGUACGAGCGUGCGCCUGCUGUCGAGUAUUUAUAA